UUAACCCUAUAAUUAUUUUUAGUUUAAAAAUGUUUUUAAUAAAUAAAAGUAAUUAUUUUACUCGAUUAUUGAAUAGAACUCUAAACAGAUCUAUUAAGAGAUAUAAGAGUUCUAAACCAGGCAUAAUUUUGGGUAUAGAAACUUCCUGCGACGAUACUGGUUGCGGUAUUGUCGAUACCGAAGGGAAAAUACUUGGAGAAGCUUUACAUUCUCAACAUUUAACUCAUUUACGAAAUGGUGGUAUUAUACCUCCUUUGGCUGAAUCUUUACAUAGACAUACCAUAGAAAAAGUAGUUCAGGAUGCUCUAGACGCAGCUAAUUUAUCAAUAAAUCAAAUAGAUGCUAUAGCAGCAACUGUUAGACCUGGAUUGCCCCUAUCUUUACUUAUUGGGACAAAAUAUGGAAAAUAUCUCUGUAAAAAGUAUAGUAAACCGUUUAUUCCAAUACAUCAUAUGGAAGCCCAUGCUUUAACAGCAAGAAUGUUUGAUAGGAGUAUAGAAUUUCCAUUUUUAGUUUUACUAAUUAGUGGUGGUCAUUGUCUUUUAUCAGUAGUUGAAAAUGUGGAUAGUUUUCUGUUAUUAGGGGAGAGUAUAGACGAUGCUCCAGGAGAAGCUUUUGACAAAAUAUCAAGAAGGUUGAAACUUACUAACCUACCUGAAUACUCAACCCUUUCUGGGGGACAAGCAAUAGAGUUAGCAGCAUCUCAAGCAACUAAUCCUUUACAAUUUAGAUUUAACAUUCCGAUGAUAAAAUAUAAAGAUUGCAAUUUUAGUUUUUCUGGUGUAAAAAAUGUUUGUCUACACCAUCUCUUUAGAGAAGAAAGAAAAUAUGAUUUACCACCUGAUGCUGUUCUACCUGAUUACAAAAAUCUAUGUGCAUCGUUUCUUUUGGUUACUACCAGACAUUUAUGUCACAGAGUACAAAGAGGGAUAGAAUACGUAGCUAAAAAGAAUCUUAUUCCUCCUGAUAAACAAACUCUGGUUGUCUCAGGUGGUGUAGCAUGUAAUAAUUUUAUAGCUGAAGCACUGAAAAUUGUAUGCGAUAAUUUGAAUUAUAAAUUAGUUAGGCCACCCCCAAAAUUAUGUACAGACAAUGGUAUUAUGAUUGCUUGGAAUGGAGUAGAAAGGUGGAAGGCUGGCAUAGGCAUUUAUACUGAAUUUGACAACAUUGAAAUAGAAAAAUCUUCUCCUUUGGGAAAAAGAUUAAUAGAAGAUGUUGUUAAUGAAAAUAUAAGUUGUAACUGGGUGAGACUUUCUAAAUUAUAUAAAUCAAAAUUAAAUAUAGACGAAGAAGAAAAUGUUUUAAUAAAAAAUUAAAUAGAUUUUAUUAUUAUAAAUAAAAAAUAGAAUAUAUACAA